AUGUCCGUACAACAAGUCUUCGUCAUUUCACGAGCCGGAAGCUUAAUCUACGAGUGGUCGACGCCGGAGACGACGAUGCCGAACAUUGAACGGAUCUUCGACUGGCCCCUGGGUCUACAGCUCGAAAACGUCGACGGAAAACCGGUGGUCGUCUGGGGCUCCGGCGUUCCCCCACGCUACUUUGUUUCCGCUGUCAAUGGGAUCGCUGUGAACGGGACGAGCUUCACAAAAGAAGAUCAAAGAAUAUCCGUGUUCGACUUCGUCGCUGAGCAAUCCAAUUACCCGGUGAAACUAGGGUUUUCAAUGCCAAUGGUCUCCACCAAUGAGAAGAUCAUCCUUUCAAGCACAUUCCACUCGUUGUACACGAUUGCCGUACAGUUGAGCCCGGCACCUGGCAGCAGCGGAAUCGAGGUUUUGGAAACAACACAAUUCCGGCUCCAUUGCCUGCAAUCAAGGACUGGCGUCAAAUUCGUUGUCGUAACUUCGUCGGGUGGUAAUCCACAAGCCCACCAGUUUCUCGCAAAGCUCUACGAACUCUACGCCGACUAUGCACUCAAGAACCCUUUUUAUUCCAUCGACAUGCCGAUUCGAUGCCAUAAAUUUGACGACGGUCUGCGAGCUUUGUUAGAUAGGAUAGGAAAAUUUUCUGCUGUUACUGUU